AUGUGGCUCGUGACCGCUGUUGGACCAGUCCAUGGGCAGAGCAAGUUCACUUUCGUCCUCCAGCAAGGAAGGGAAUACUCGAUAGGAAGAGAUGAUUCCUCCGACAUUCGGUACGAGAGUAGACAUGUCAGACCUAAAGAAGGUACUCUGGUGGUCGAGCAUUGGGAUCCGGCCGAGCCGAAUAAACCUCCUUCCCUGCGGUGGCGACUUGAACCGAAGAAAUCAGGUUCAUUCGGAUCCAUCAAGACCUUGUGUCUGAUUGAUCUGUCUGAUCUGGGAUCUACAGAAAGAGAAGAUUACGACGAGACGGAAAUCAAAGAUAGUCAAGGUUGCUUUUUGGAGAAGGAAGGUGUUCAUGGAAUUGGGCUUGGUGAUGGAAUGUGGUUCAAUACAGAAUGGAAAGAUUUGGGUUUUCAGUACGAUAAGAUAAAAGAUGAAAGUGAAGAAGUGCGAGAAGUCAUGCGUCAAUACUGUAUCGCAUGGACACAAUCGUUUGACACCAAUUCUCGACCUACUAUAGUGCUCUCUUCAUCCUAUCGAUCAAAUGUAGAAUGCAACUACGCUGUCUGUUUCGCUGUUCGAAUUCUUCUUCCUUCCUAUCUUUCCGCAGUUAUCAAUCGACUUAAAGUAUGCUGGAAGAAAAUGGCAGAUUUCCAAGAUUCAUUUUCGAUGCCUGAUCAAGAUGCAGAAGAGUUUCAGCCUGACUAUGAUGGUGUUUUACCUGCUAGUAGGAAAGAAAGAAAAGCAUGGCUACCUGAUGAAAAUAGAUUGACCUUGUUUGAAGGUUGGAAAAUUCUAGGCCUAAGAGGUAAAACUCAAACCGCAGAAAAACGAUAUUUGACAGCUAUGGGAGCAGAUUAUCAAGAUAUCGAUAUUCUCACUAAAGCUGUCACCUCAUCUCAAGAUUUCGCUGAACGUGUUACUCCCUGGUUGAAUCAUGUGGACGAGAAAGGUGGAAGAGAGCAAGCUGCUGUGGUAUGGUUCUCACCUGUGAAAAUGGAAUUACAGAAAAAGGGCAUCGAUUACACCUCCAUCGUCAUCGCCACUUGUCAAAGACUUGGAGUGUAUCAUACACAUGGAGGUGUACUUUGGGGAUCAGUGAACAUGGGAGGAGUAAAGGACUUCUUGAUUGCUGCAGCCGCAAAUUUACCUCAGGUUCCACCAGCUAAUAAAGUUCGAGUAUCAUCCGUCCCUAACACUCUUUUCGUGACCCCAGCUGCCCCUCGUCAGGCGCAAAGCUCUCAAGCCGCUCCAACUCCAGCAUCGAGCCAAGUGGGAGUAUCCAGUCGACCAGACUUCAUUCCAUCAACUUUUCCAGAUGAGAGCGAAAAUGCAGGUAGAUCUGUCCGAUCACCUUCUCCCGGUUCCAGGUCCACGAGACCUACAAGAAGGACUAGGCAAGCUACUUCGCCCUUACCUAAAGAAAGAACACCAGAGGCUGAAGUUCCGGCUCCGACGAAGAAACCUUUACGACGUCGAGCUGGAAGAGUGAUGGAUACUAUACCCGACAGUCCACCUCGCAGCCAUGACGAUACAGAAGACGAACUCAGUCAACCGUCGCAACCCCUCUUUUCUCAAGCUGAUUUUGUUCAAGACUCAAUGCCGCCAUUCAGCCAGGUGUCAGCGGUACCAGCCACUCAAAAAAGUCAGACUCAGUCUAUGGUACCAGAUAGUAUUAUGCCUUCUCAAUCACUGGCGCCAACACGAUUAUCUCGAUUGAAACGACGGGCAGGUGGUGCGACUCCUUCUCUGAUACAGGAGAUUGCAGACACAAGUAUCAAUAUCGAACAAUCUAUAAAGGAUGAAGAAAAAGCUGAGGAUAUUCGACAAUUAUAUGAAGAAACAAAAGUUGGUUCCUUCGCACCAUCAAUAAGCAAAAGGCCAAGAAACGUGGCCAGGGAGUCGGAGCAUUCGGAUCAUUCAGCUGAGGCUAGAAAGAGGCAAACGGAUGACAUGGACAUAGAUGUUGGUAUAGAUGGAAUCAAAGCUGGGAAAAAUUCUCGAUCGAAACGAGCCGCGUCAGAAGAAAGUAUCAUGCCUCCACCCGCUCAAAGACGAAAAGCUCGAUCACCUUCCGCUGAAGAGGAGGAGGAAGUAGUGGAAUCACGCUCUAUCCCUAAAUCAGGUAGGAUAGAACAACCCUCUCCGAUUAAGUCUACCAAAAGUAAACCUCAUAGCUCAACGGAAGGACCAUCAAAAGAUGAAGCGUUCUUGCAAGCUAUCAAAAAGUCAUCGAAAUCUAGACAAGCAGUCGACGAAUUGGACAAAGAGUUCAAUCAGUUGAGAAUACCAAAACCGAAUGGAACUUCAUCAGUUGUAAAAGCAAACGAAUGGAACGCCAGUGUACCAGAUUACGCUUUACUGAAUGAUUUUGACGAUGAAUUAAGAGGUAACUUUAUUCAGAUUGUUAGAAAAGAUCUGUUCAGAAGAGAUCUAGGUAAAAGCACAACAAGCGAAAAGAUCGAGGAUGGAAGACCGAAUUUCAAGAAGUUCAAAAAGAAAAACGUCAUUCGACGUGAACCUAUUAACUUGGCUUUAGCUGGUCCCACAAUGCAAGAUGCAGAAAUGGGUGAACCCUACUGGCCUACUCAAGUUUUCAAUAAUACCAGUCGAGGCCGUACACAAGCUAGUCAAGUUGUAGAUGAAGAUGAGGACAUGCCACUUUUACCUCGAUCCAAAAAGCGUUUACUUGGCACUCAAGUUAACCAGGAUGAAGAUGAAGUUCCCUCAACUUCUCGUCUGAGAAAGCAGAGUAGAGUCCCCGAAACCCAACUUACACAAACGCAGAUGCCCAUAACAACAAAACGACGAACGAGGGCACAGAGCGUUCUUUCGGAAGCUGAUAGUGCGAUCACGAGUACCAGCGCCGCUACUUCUACUCGAGCCGGAAAAGCCACUUCAAGAGGGAAGAACAAAGAACCUAUAUUAUUGGAGGACUCUGAUGAUGAAGAAGAAGGGGAAGGAUUAGAUUGGGGAGACUCCACAGGAUUGGCCACCAAUCCAAGAAGUACUAGAACCUCGACUCAGUCUAAAGGAGAUACAGGAACGGGAAGUGGAACAAAGACAUUAGGAAGCAUGAAUCCACCUUCUAUCUCUACUGCGAAAAGGAAAACUCUACCCACUCAAGGAACAAGCACGAGGAAUACUCAAGCGUCAUCUCAAGCAAGAAGAAGACUACUACCUGCAGAUGAUGACGACGACGUCGCGUUCAAGGGUUUAGGCAAAAAGAGAAGAUUGGGUUGA